AUGUCACUUCCUGCCGUCACGCAGCCAGUUCGGGCCAGUUCACCGCCGCUGUAGCCCUCAGUCUGUCCCGCUGAGCUGUCAACACACAGCGGCGCCGCGCUCCUUCUCCUUCUCCGCCCGUCCGACCGACCGUGUGCCGCGGCGACGUUUCCCCGCGAAACCCCGGUCCGCCGUCCUCCUUCCGCGACGUCUCCCCGCAGAUAAGAGCCGCUCUCGUCUCGCCAUGACUCGGAGGUGAUCUUCAGCGUGACCAGGUGGUUCUGGGGUUCCAGGUUGGUGUGGUGAGAGAGCAAGCUAACUACGGGGUGGAGGACUGCCUGGGGCAUCCUGUCCCUGGUUCUCAAGUGACUAAGGAAGGGGCUUGGCACACUGUUCUGCAGCAUGGAGAAGGAAGACCUGAAGGUCCUCAACAAGGGCGAGGAGGAGGAGAUGGAGCUUCAGGGCUACCGUCUCUGUCGCUGGCGACUGGUCCUAGUGGGCCUCGGGGUGCUGUGUACAGGGGGCUUCCUCCUCCUGCUGCUCUACUGGAUGCCAGAGUGGUGCGUCAAAUCCACCUGCACCCGUACCACAGCCCGUGAUGCUGAAGUGGUGUUGCUGCGCUCCGUGGAUGAGUUUCGGCGCUGGUUCCUGGCCAGGGUGCGAGUGAUGCUGGCCCCGGGGAGUGACCCCUUCCACAGCCUGGAGACCCAGACCACCUCCCCCUGCUCCCCUUCCUCUCCCUCCUGCCCCUUCUCAUCCCCAGCCUCCCCCUCUCUAGCCAACGGACACACCACUCACCCCUCCGAUGGCAGCCCCGCUCAGGAGCUCAUCAGAAGAUUUGCAGAAUACCAGCCCACGCAAAUCCGCUAUUUUACCUUCCAUAGCACAAAGUAUUACUGGAAUGACGAGGUGCAGAACUUUCAAGAUUUAAGUGGCCUGGAGGACUUAGAGAUCAGCUGCUCCACUCUCCACUCGGAGCACAGUGAAGGCCUGACCAGGAACCAGCAGGAGUACAGGAAACUGUUCUUCGGAGUGAAUGAAAUUUCAGUGAAAGUGCCUUCUGUUUUCAAGCUGCUUAUCAAAGAGGUCCUAAACCCUUUCUACAUCUUCCAGCUCUUCAGUGUGAUCCUGUGGAGUGCCGAUGAGUAUUACUACUAUGCUGCGGCCAUUGUGUUCAUGUCGGUUAUAUCCACAGCUACCUCUGUGUACACCAUCAAAAAGCAAUACAUCAUGCUUCACGAUAUGGUGGCAGCUCACAGUAUUGUCCGUGUGUCUGUAUGCCGAGCCAACAAUGAUAUCGAAGAGAUUCUGUCUACUGAUCUGGUGCCUGGUGAUGUGAUGGUCAUUCCCAGCAAUGGGACCAUCAUGCCAUGUGAUGCCGUGUUGAUCAGCGGCACCUGCAUCGUCAAUGAAAGCAUGCUCACAGGUGAGAGCGUUCCUGUGACAAAGACCAACCUCCCAAACCCAGGGCCAGAAGAGAUGAUGGGGGAGGCUGACAGUGCCUACAACACAGAGGACUAUAAGAGACAUACACUCUUCUGUGGCACCCAUGUCAUCCAGACCCGCUUCUACACUGGUGAAAUGGUCAAGGCUGUGGUGGUUCGCACAGGUUUCAGCACAGCCAAAGGUCAGCUGGUGCGCUCCAUCCUGUAUCCCAAACCCACCGACUUCAAGCUGUACCGUGAUGCCUACCUCUUCCUGUUGUGUCUGGUGGCUGUAGCUGGAAUCGGCUUUAUCUACUCUAUUGUCCUCAGCAUCAUAAACAAGGUGCCAGCUAAGACCAUCAUCAUUGAGUCCCUAGACAUCAUCACCAUCACUGUGCCACCGGCGCUGCCAGCUGCCAUGACAGCCGGAAUUGUGUACGCCCAGCGACGCCUCAAACGCAUUGGCAUUUUCUGCAUCAGCCCACAGAGGAUCAACAUCUGUGGGCAAAUCAAUCUGGUCUGCUUUGACAAGACUGGAACUCUGACCGAAGAUGGAUUAGACCUGUGGGGUGUCCAGAGAGUUGAGAAUGGCAGUUUCCACCUGUCAGAGGAAAAUGCCUACAAGGAGAAUCUUGUCAAGUCCCAGUUUGUGGCUUGCAUGGCCACCUGCCACUCCCUCACAAAAAUAGAGGGCCAGCUGUCCGGGGACCCACUGGACCUCAAAAUGUUUGAGGCUACAGGCUGGAUCAUGGAGGAGGCCACCGAGGAGGAAACAUCGCUCCACAACCGCAUCAUGCCCACUGUGGUUCGACCCCCAAAGCAGCUGUUGCCUCAAGAGCCUGCAGUGUCACAGGAACAAGACAUGGAACUCUAUGAGCUCUCGUCUGUCUAUGAGAUAGGUAUUGUGCGCCAGUUUCCUUUUUCAUCAGCUCUCCAGAGAAUGACUGUGGUAGCUCGUCUGCUGGGGGAGAAACGUAUGGACGCCUACACAAAGGGGGCGCCAGAGGUGGUGGCUGGUCUCUGCAAGAGAGACACAGUGCCAGAUAAUUUUGCAGAGGUUUUGGAGGGCUACACAAUGCAGGGUUUCAGGGUCAUUGCUCUGGCACACCGACGAUUAGAAUCCAAACUUAACUGGCACAAAGUUCAGAACGUCAACAGGGAUCACAUAGAGACAAACAUGGAUUUCCUGGGUCUGAUCAUCAUGCAGAACAAGCUGAAGGCAGAAACUCCAGGUGUCCUGCAGGACCUCCGCCAAGCCCACAUCCGCACAGUCAUGGUUACUGGUGACAAUAUGCUGACAGCAAUUUCAGUGGCUCGUGACUGUGGAAUGAUCCCACCCCGGGACACAGUCAUCAUUGCUGAUGCCCAUCAUCCCCAUGACGGACAGACCGCCAAGAUCACCUGGAGAUACGCUGACAAGCCGAGCAAGACGUCUCGCCUGGAGGGAGUGAACAUCAGCCUAGAAGAUGUGUGUCAUGAAGAUGAACCCAAAGCACAAGAACUGUACCACUUUGCAAUGAAUGGAAAAUCAUUUGCUGUAAUCUCGGAGCAUUUCCCGGACAUGCUUCAAAAGCUUGUGCUUCACGGGACGGUGUUUGCCAGAAUGGCCCCAGACCAGAAAACCCAGCUUAUUGAGGCGUUGCAGGGUGUAGACUACUUUGUGGGGAUGUGUGGAGAUGGAGCUAAUGAUUGUGGGGCUCUGAAGAGGGCUCAUGGUGGCAUCUCUCUCUCAGAGCUUGAGGCCUCUGUAGCUUCUCCCUUCACCUCCAGGACCCCCAACAUCUCCUGUGUCCCCAGCCUCAUCAGGGAGGGCCGCGCCGCUCUCAUCACCUCCUUCUGUGUGUUCAAGUUCAUGGCCCUCUACAGCAUCAUCCAGUAUAUCAGUGUCACCCUCCUCUAUUCUAUCCUCAGUAACCUGGGAGACUUCCAGUUCCUCUUCAUCGAUAUCGCCAUCAUCCUCCUUAUUGUCUUUACCAUGAGUCUGAAUCCAGCGUGGAAAGAGCUUGUGCCGCGUCGGCCGCCAUCAGGUCUGAUCUCAGGGUCUCUGUUGUUCUCUGUGCUGACACAGAUCCUCAUCUGCUUGGGCUUCCAGACCGUUACAUUCCUGUGGGUCCAGAAGCAGCCGUGGUACACAACCUGGACACCACUCACAGAUGUCUGCAACAUGUCAUCACACAUCAACAUGUCCGACCUCAACAACACAGAAGUGGACGACCACAACAUCCAAAACUUUGAGAACACCAGCCUCUUCUAUGUCUCCUCCUUCCAGUAUCUCAUUGUUGCCGUCGUUUUCUCCAAGGGCAAACCGUUCAGGCAGCCCAGCUACAAGAACUGGCCUUUUGUGGUGUCCACCCUGAUUUUGUAUAUUUUCCUACUGUUCAUCAUGUUCCACCCUGUGAAAACGAUUGAUGAGUUUCUAGAGAUUCUUUGUGUCCCGUUUGACUGGAAAGUAAAACUUCUCCUCAUUAUCAUAGUCAAUGCUGCUGUGUCUGUGGUGGUGGAGACCUUCAUCCUUGACAUCAUCUUAUGGAAGCUUGUGUUCAGCCGAGACAAACAGGGCAGCUUUGGCGUCACUCCUGCCGCCCCGACACCACAGAGGGGCAUUGACCUGCAGGUGUUCAAGUGUCUGUCCUGGCUGUGCUGCUCACGCAAGAUGCCCAAGGCCCGCUACAUGCAUCUGGCCCAGGAGCUGAGUGUGGACCCUGACUGGCCUCCAAAGCCAACCACCACCACAGAAGCCAAACCCCGCCCCGAAAACGGCUCCACUUAUCAAAUCAUGAUCAACUCCUAGCACCCCCCCACAGCGCCUCCAGCUAUCCUUUCUCACCUUUCAUACUGUAGACAUUUUUUAAAGGUGUGCUUAGUGAAAGCACAUUCAAUAGGAUGAUUGUUUGUCAUCACCGUUCAGAGACUUGCCUCCAACACUGUAGUUCCAGAGACAUUACUGCAAAAACCACAGGAUUACACAGACAGUGGGGUCCAUACGUGUCGAACACGGUCUCAGACUCUCAGGUCUCUCUUGCUUUAAAUGUCCUUAAAACAUCUGCACGUCAAAGUUGAUUCCCUUCCCUUAUUGCGAUGUCUGUUCACCAAAGCUGAGCAGCAACCCCAGUUCAAAAUCGCAAGUCAACCGAAUAAAUGUCUCUCGUCUUUGUGUGGAAGCGAUGAAAGAUAGAGCUAAAGACCCACUCCACUUCUGAUAUAGCUUCUGACAAAUUUGUGCUGGUAAAUCAUUUCUACACUACCACUGUUUAAAAUAACUAGGCGUUCAGAUUUCAUUUACAACCACUGUAUUAGAAAACCCAUUUAGACUUAAGAUUAAAAUAGUUGAUAUCAUGUCUGAGCUUUUCAGAAGUGUUUUUUUUUUUUCAAUAGAAACUUGAGAAGUAUAGGCCAAGUUGAGGGGUUGUACUCUAGUCCUCAAGUUCAACCCACUCUGACUGAAUUUGGAAGUAAGAGAAUUGGCUUAUAUAGGAAAAGUUCCAGUUUGAAAUGGAGAGAUUCUGCUGUUGGAAGCCUGGAGUUGAAUGUGGACAGAGUAAUAGAUUAGUCUGCACUGACCACCUCAGUGUGACGUGAUCUUACAGUUUUUUAAAGAAACAGAAAAAUGUCCAAUGUGUUGUGUUUUCUGAGCAGCCAUCACCCCACCUAUAGGACUUUGACCCACUCUGACCUGUUGUAGGUGUUGCUGGCUCUGAUUGCUACCAUGUAGUGGUCUCAUACAUCUAAUGUACAUAUAGACUCAUUUAAAUGAGUUGGCAUAAACACCCGACAAGCACUCAUUUUGUGAUAACCAAACUAUUUUCAAUCUCUCCCUGUGAUGAAUGAACCACAAGUCCAAGCACACUGAGUUGUAGGAAUUUGAGAAUGAUGAACGGCUGUGGUCUCGUAAAUUUGCACACCCCAACCAGAAGUUCAUGUUCGCAUUUAAUAAUAAACACAAAUAUACAACUAUCAAAGUGGCUGAUCGUACAAUUCUGGAAAAGUAAGAGGAUGAAGUUAGGGAAAGUCUAGAUUUAGUGUGAUUUGGAAACUGCACAAUAUGUCUGAAAAUAUAAUAAUGUACUUAUAGUCGACAUUUAAAGUAUUUGUAGACCAGCUGUCGUCAGCCACAUUGUACCAUGACCUAUAUAAAUCAUACUGUUUACCUGUGAUCUCCUUCAAAGGUGUGAAAAUGCAGAAAAGCUCUUGUAGGAUUAUAGAAAGUGGACUUUAAGUUGGUCACACAUUAUACAUCACAGGUUGAAGACUGAAAGUACAAAACAAUGAAAGUGAAGGACAUUCGGGCUUGUACAAAAUGACCUAAGAAGAGCAGUGAGGCAGACGGACACACAAACAGAUGUGCUCAUCCACUCUCAACCACAGGCUGGGACCUGUGACAGUUUCUCCAUCAUUUUUGUCAGAGAUUACCUUAAAGAUUUUUAACAAAGGUAUUAUGUAGAAAAUAUAAAAUAAAAUUUAAAAAAAAGACUAAAUGAAUCUUUGCUUUUUAGCCAUGCUAGCAUCAUGACUCAACUGGUCCAGACGGAAAUAUCUCAUCAACUGUCAUGAACUCCAACACGGAUGUUCUUCUCUGUAGCUCCUCAUUCAUCAUGUCAUGUCACCAAAAUGUCAACAACACAAGAACAUAACAGGUUACCUCUGAAGCUAAUGAUUAAAGUAUCAUCAACAUUAGCUGAACUCUGAUAUUCCAACACAGCAUGCUAACAUACCCAGUGUUUUACAUCCAUCAAAAUCGGUUAUCAAGUGUGUCAUGAACUUUGCACCCUUGCAGGCUGCUAAUGUGGCUAUAAACCAUUAAUCCAAUGUGUUUGCGUCGGUGAGCCAUGUCCUGUCAGCGUCUCGUAACGCCAGACAUGAAACUUAAAGUACAUCAACACUUGCAUGAAGCCACCUCCCUACCUGUCAUGUUCUGAGGACUUGAAAGACUAAACGGUUGCAAUACUAGAACUAUUACUACAAAUAUACAGCAUUACUGUAGAAGACACAUUAACAUGACUGUACUUUAAAAAGAAAAUCCACACGAGAGGCAGCAUGAAUCUGACUGGCUAUCGUGGACAGCUGAUUACAUGCAUGAGACCAUAUGAAUCAAAGCAUCCUACAUCUGCAAACUCCAGAUUGGCUAAAAGAAAGCCAGUAGUUUCUUUUUCAGCACAAUUUCUUCCUAUGGAAGACUGAUUAAAAGUGUGAUGGAGAAUUAAGGUAAAGAAUCAUGCAUCUUAUCCUCUCGCUGCUCUUGAUGCAAUCAAACGAUCCGCGCAACAGCACACCCUGCACAGGACAGAUGCAGAUUAACAUGCACAGUUGUAUUCAUGUAUUACACAUGCUACCUGCAUAGAGAGUUAAGGGCUAUAUUUAUGUUCACUGCUAUUUCUUGCUGCUCCCCAAUAUCUGUUCUCAAAGUAUUAUGUACUCACACAGUCUGGAGACUUUGAAGGUGGCUGUAGAAGUUCGUAGUUUCAUCCUUUUGUAAAACAUUUUUUUGGAAAAUCUAAGUACUGAGAAAAAAGAAGCAGUUUACACUUUAUUUUAGUACUUUUUUAAAAAUGCAAAUAAAUACUUUUUUUCAGGCAUAUAACAUCAUAUGAGAAAUUCCUCAUUAAUCAUGAUGAACAGUCACCUAAGGAGAAAACUACAGACUUCUUAAAGUCACCAGAGAUGAUGUUUAAAAGUCAAAAUGCAAAUUUACGGUGGAGGAUCACAUGAAAAUAGCUGGUUCCUAUUGUCAGUAUAACUAAUUGCAGCCUGUCUUUCAUGAAUUAUAUGUUUUAUAUUCUUUUCAGAGUGCGACUCAGUGGCUAUAAGACACCACGUCUAAGACACCUAACAAAUGUCAAGGUGAUACAAUUUGACUCCUUCUCAGUGACAUGAAGCAAAUUACAUCUCAAAAGUUUGUUGAAUGUGCUGUGUUGUAUGAUAUUUAUAUGGCACAAAAACAUCAUCUUUAGCUUAUUGAUCAUCAAUGAGUUUAUUCAAUGGUUGCAAAAGGUUUCUUCAUAUUCAGUGAUAACAAGAGUCUGAAGUUGCUCAGUCGCUGAAAGCCAUCGUCUAUUGAGAUGCAUGUAAUAAUAUUCCAAAUGUAUAUGAAACAUUUGAUCCAUAACAUUUUUGUGACAAGCUCAAAUGUGACAUGUGACCAUAGUUUCCAUGGAUACAUAGUUUAUUUAAUGAGGAAAGUAUUUUGUUAUGGUAUUUUGUGGACAAAUUGUCAAUGUGAGGGGUGUAUAGUUGAUAAAACUGGUAAGAUGAAUAGUGUGGCUGAAAUGGACAUUGUGGUGCCAAUUUACAGAAGAAGUCUGAUAUUUUGUUUAAAAAUGAUCUUUGUCUAAAUCUGUUUAUUUUGUUAAAUUGAGACAAACUUGCUGAUGUGCUCAAACAAGGGCCACAUUGGCUCCUAUGCUUCUGAAUAUUCAGUGGUAUUUUUCUUUUUAUUGUUGAUUUCAGGGUUUGAUAUUUUUUCUCCAUAGAUUCCUACUGAGGCUAAAAUUGAAUGUUUUGUAAAGAACAAAAUUGAAUGCAAUGCAAUACUACAGUUGUUGAUUCUAUUCCCAAAGACUCCAUCACAUCUGUAUAGGUUAUUUUAAAAAAAAAGAAGAAAAAAAGAGUUCAAAACAAAGUUUUAUUUAGCUUGUUCAGUUCUGUCAAAUCUGAUUUAACUGGGCACAAAUGGACUUUAAACAGUGAUAAUAAUAUUAGAAGUUGGAUUAUGUCUGUAUAUAUGAGAUACAUUUCUAGUGUGUGCAUAAAAUUCAAAGAAGAUAUAGAUAUAAAAGUGUAUGUUUUUGGAUUAUCAAAGGGCUGGUGUGUCUUUUUCUGCUAUUUUGGUACUGUGUGUUACAAUCACUUGUUUAUCAACUUUUGAUUUGUACUGUCUGUUGGAUUUGUUCAAACUUUCACUUUUGUCGUGGACUUGCAUUCGGCUGGAUCUUCCUUAUUUGGGCAUAAUCCUGGGCAUUUAUUUCACAAUCUGAACCAGUUAUUGAGAAGUAUGAUCCGUGUUUGUUCUGUCUUGGGUAAAUCAUACUGCAGCCAAUGUUGACUUUAAAAGUUUGAAUUAAGAUGAAUGGAAACUUUUUGAUUAGGAAAUUGUGUCUUUUCAAGUUCUUGUAGUAGAUCUACUUCUCAGCUUAUCUUUUUUUUUUCUUUCUCUUUUAUACAACUGUUUUUAUAAAACCAAGGAUCUGACACAAGAAGGGAAUAAUUCAUUUGAUGUCGUAUAUUAUCACCUCAUUUCAGCAAAUUGAAACAUCUGACAAUCUUGUUACUUUUCUGUCCAAUCAUCCAAUGUAUGUGUUUGACUUUUUUAUUUUGGUCUUGAACUUUAAAAACAAUAGUUUGCAUCUGUGUAAAUUUAAUAUGAAAUUGGCAAACAAGAAUGUGCAUUGCUGCUUAAUAUCAGCAGUCUAUUGUAGAAGUGGUUAUAUUGCUGCUAGGGGGCAAAGUUAUUCAGUAUCAGCUGUGUCAUGACUGUGCACCUUGAAACAGAUAAUUCAUCAAUUUAAUGAUGGCAAAGUGUAAAUACUAUUGCUUUUCCUCUACGCUACAGUUCUGCCUUUUAUUCUGACACAACUUUGCCUCUAUGCGCUUAUACAGGUACAACAUAUACCGACAGUCAGCAUUGGCCUCUCUCACAUGAUGUUUUUUUUUUUAAACAAUCGAAUGACUUUUAGAUUGAGUCAGCCACUGAGUACAUGAAGCCUCAUUUCGAUGUUGUUUCCUCAGGGAAAUGUCUAUUUGUAAUAAAUAGAGAAAAUAAAAGUUCAUACCCAAACUGAA